AUUCCGAAGCACAUCUGCGGAUACUUGGUGUUUGUAAUGUCUGGACCUCCAACGCCAUCCAAGAAGCGAAACAGACCAGGCCUCGCCGAUAAAGUGUCGGGAUUACUAGCAUCGUCGUCCUGCUCAAAAAGCCGCAGCAACCAGGCGCCAAGACAGACCUUCGCCGCCGGCCUGGGCAAACCUUCGGCUAUCGCGGGGAGAGAAGUUACUCCGCACCCGGCGCUAACCCCCUUCCGCGACCCGGCCAACCACCCGCCCGUCGAGCAACUACGUAAUUUUUGUCCUCUCCCGCAACUCCGCCUGUCGCCAGUGUCUCGACGCAGCAAGCCCUGAGGUUCAGUUGGCGGAUUUGUUGGCUUUCUGGUUGUGGAGGGAAUCAGCAUCUUUUUUCGCUACCCUUCUUUCGUGAAUCCUCCAUCCUUAACUCCAUAGACCCCAGUUAGGCCACCUUCCGGAAGCGAUACUCGCGAUAAGAGGAGGCCGAGUGACUGGUACAAAUGUCAAGCUUACAGCUUCGCUAGGAAUUUUAUCGUAUGGCUCUCAACUUAAGGAGUUUGCGAAAUCCUCCCUUUGUUUAGCAAUCUUACGCUUGGGUGGUUGAUGAUAACGGCUUCGCUCCUUCGCAACCACGUCCUCUUCUAUCUCCGCCAUGCGGCUUUUCCGCGCUAUCCAGUUCCUCUCACUCCUUUCUGCAUCUUCGUUGUCAUGGCGCGUUUCUGCAUGUGAGAAUUAUACGACCUACGAUAUAAUAUCUCCCCGGUUCGCGAUACAAGAUAACCGGCCACCAAACUGUCCCCCGUGCUUCAACUGCCAACUCGAUGCGUUCCAAUGCCAUCAAUUCGCCGAAUGUAACAAAUACAAUGGUAAAUGUUCUUGCCCUUCUGGAUUCGGUGGAGAUGAUUGCUCGGAACCCUUGUGUGGAUCCUUGCCCGAUGGCAAGGAUAGAACCCCUCGGCAGGAUAAGUACUGCAAAUGCAAAGAUGGCUGGUCAGGUAUAAAUUGCAAUGUUUGUGAAACGAAUGAUGCUUGCAAUUCCAUGAUGCCAGAGGGCGAAGGUGGCGUAUGCUACAAGGAGCCUCUAGUGGUCAAAGAGAAUUAUCAGAUAUGUGACGUGACCAAUCGCAAAAUCCUCGAUCAACUUAAAGAAAAGAAGCCACAGGUGACGUUUUCAUGCACUGCGAAAGACCAUACGUGCAACUUUCAAUUCUGGGUUGAUCAGAAAGAGUCGUUUUACUGCUCCUUGGACACGUGCGAAUGGGCUACAGAAGUUGAAUACGGCAAGAAUACCACAAAUUAUGAAUGCGAGCAUAUAAAAUGCAGAUGCAUUCCUGGACGGAUGCUCUGCGGAGAGGAUGGCUCCAUUGAUAUUGGAGAAUUCCUCGAGCAAGAUAUCAAAGGCCCAGCCUCGUUCUCGACGAUUUCAACCCAAGGAGGGAGUGAUCAAGAUGGCAGCACAUUCCAAGAACCUGCUAUGAACAACCUAAUCAAAAGCGUAUUUGGCGAUAAAAGCAUUUUCCUUCAAUGUCGUGCCGGAGAGUGUCUGUAUAAAACCGACGUACCCGGCUACAAAGUCCCCGUCAAAACCAUUAACACUCCACUAAUUGCCGGUGUUAUUGCUGGCUGCGGUUUAUUUAUCGUUGCUGUUAUUCUAUUUAUCUGGUAUCUUUCAAGGAGGAGCGCCUAUCGGAACUACGCAGCAAUACAACUUUCAGACGACUCUGACGACGAAAACGGAAAGCUCAUGGCUGAUCAUAAACCUGCCGCGUUACAGUUUGAUAACGUCUCGUACUAUCUCAAUGGCAGGCAAAUCCUGUCAGGCAUUAGGGGAAUCGCUCGACCGGGACAGGUCACGGCCAUUAUGGGUGCUUCCGGCGCCGGGAAAACAACCUUUUUGGAUAUUCUUGCAAGAAAAAAUAAACGCGGAACUGUUCAAGGAGAAUUUUAUGUGAAUGGAGAAAAAGUUGACGACAAUGAGUAUCGAAGUGUCGUCGGCUUUGUCGAUCAGGAAGAUACAAUGCUGCCGACGCUCACUGUUCACGAGACUAUUUUGACCAGUGCGCUGCUCAGACUCCCGAGAGAUAUGAGUAAUGUUGUGAAAGAGCAAAGGGUGUUUGAAGUGGAGAAGCAGCUUGGAAUAUAUCACAUUAAAGACCAAAUCAUCGGCUCCGAAGAAGGAAAGGGACGCGGCAUAUCAGGAGGGGAGAAAAAGCGUGUUAGCAUUGCAUGCGAGCUUGUUACUAGUCCAAGCAUAUUAUUUCUUGAUGAGCCGACCAGUGGCUUGGAUGCAUUCAAUGCUUUCAAUGUGAUAGAGUGCCUUGUAAACCUGGCAAGAACGUACAAUAGAACCGUUAUAUUCACUAUUCAUCAGCCAAGGUCCAACAUUGUCGCUUUAUUCGAUCAACUGAUCCUGCUGGCCAAGGGAAGAACUGUCUACUCGGGCUCUUUCAUGGGUUGUCAACCUUACUUUGACCACAUUGGAUAUACUUGUCCCUUGGGAUUCAACAUCGCGGAUUACUUGGUCGACCUAACCAUGCAUGCCAGUACUGCACGCUCUCCCGAGGAGCCUCUGCUCAACGCUGAUGCGCAAGCGGACCAUUUCAGAACGCCAUCAAGCAGCUUAAGGGCCGUGAAAUCUGUUGCUAGUGCUUCAAAUGCAAGCUUUGAAAAUAGCACGACCGAAAGUGCUCAAGAUUCUACAGCACCACGAAAGCAUAUCCGGCGACAGUCUCUUAGACAACGUCAAGAGAGACAGCUUUACACUCGAAAGAAGACUUCCGGCGUGGAUUCGCCCUCAACACCUCGGACCGAUGAUGAAGAUAACGCAAUGGGGAGCCUUAAUGACAGUACGCAGCAAUGGCUUCGUCUCUCUCGCCAACAAAAUAGCGCCCCUUCCCAAACAGUGGAAGACCCCGAUCAUCUUCCUCCCAUCGCCUCAGGAUAUAUUACAGACCUCGACGUUAUUAUCUCGAGUUAUGCAUCAUCCGAUGUUGCGGCUUCUAUUCGGGAUGAAAUAGCUUCCGCGGUGGAAAGUGCCCGACAAGCUAACGGCAGCGCUGACCCCACCGCCCAGCAAGGCUCUGGUGGCGUUCACAUGGUUGGAUACACGCGAGUUAGCCUACUCCGUCAAUUCAUUAUUCUCUCCAAACGAACAUGGAAAAAUCUGUAUCGCAACCCUAUGCUUAUGCUUACUCAUUAUGCCAUUGCAAUUUUGCUGGCAGUUCUCUCCGGCUACCUGUUCUAUGGACUCACAGAUGAUAUCAAAGGUUUCCAAAAUCGGCUGGGGCUUUUCUUCUUCCUGCUAGCGCUCUUCGGUUUUAGUACCCUGACCAGUCUCACGGUUUUCACGUCUGAACGACUGCUUUUCAUGCGAGAACGUGCCAAUGGUUAUUAUUCUCCGAUCACUUAUUUCGCAGCUAAAGUCGUGUUCGACAUUAUUCCAUUGAGGUUGAUUCCGCCGAUUAUCAUGGGAGUCAUAGUUUACCCGAUGGUGGGACUGAUUGCUGACUGGCCGGAAUUCCUCAAAUUCAUGCUCAUCCUCGUUUUAUUCAAUUUGGCCGCCGCUGGUAUUUGCCUAUUCAUCGGAAUCGUAUUCCGUGAUGGAGGGGUGGCGAAUUUGAUUGGAAGUUUGGUGAUGUUGUUCAGUCUCCUCUUUGCCGGGCUGCUUCUUAAUCACGAUGCGAUUCCCAAAGCAGCUCUGUGGCUACAAACUCUGUCCAUAUUCCAUUACGGAUUCGAAGCCUUGAUUGUGAAUGAGGUGACAUAUCUCACCCUUAUCGACCAUAAGUAUGGGCUUGAUAUCGAGGUUCCCGGAGCAUCCAUUCUUAGCGCUUUUGGCUUCGAUACCCUCGCGCUUUGGCGGGACGUCACUGGGCUGGCUGUUUUUUCGGGCGUUUUUAUCAUACUCGCGUAUGGAGCCAUGCACUUCUUGCUGGUUGAGAGGAGAUGAUUUCUAUACUCUCAUGCGUGGCCUCGCACGGCGGUAUAGGAUUUGGCCUUUUUAAAUUGCACAUGCAUAGAAUGGGGGAGUCCCACUCGAAUUACUUUUAACCCGAGGUAAGGCAGUUAUUGUCUUUCUUCAACCUGGAUUAAUCCAUCAACUUCUCAGCUGGCGUGUAUCUCUUUGUUUGAUAUGGAGUAUUGUGGGGUUUUCUCGUAUUGUUUGGUCAACUCAGUGUUAUUUUUAUGUGUGAUGUGCGAACAACAUUUUAAGUAUAAUUUUGUUUAUAUGUAGAUAAGAUAUCGUGACUCGGGCUACGGUUGAAAGAUGAUGAAGGCUAGCUUGUUUUAAAGUCAAGGGCCUUGAUCCCCUG